CACUAGUACCGUUACGCAAAGUAGAAAAGCUCGAGUCUAUUGUGAAAGUAGGGGAGUUCCCUCAUAAUUAUUUGUGAUGUUUUUUCAUGUAUUUGGAUAGAGUUUGGGGAACAGAAAAACGACUUAUUCAAACUGUUGUAACAUUUUAUUUUUAUUGAAAAUAAUUGUGUCAAAAUACUGAUGUGAUCUUUAAUACCAGAAGUAUGGUGUAACCUGUAAGAGAUCGUAUGUUGAAAAUACGUCAUAACGAAGGUUCAAUCUGUUGUGACUGUAAGUGUAACACUAUCACUGAAAUCAUGAAUUGGGAAGAAGAAGAAGGUUGAAAAGAAUUUAUUGCUAACUUUCUUCACCACAUAAAGCAAAAUGACUGCUGUUCAGCCAUCUUCAACCACAGUGGAUAGUCCCCUAAUUGAUGAGAAAAAUAAACCAAGCAGAGGCCAUUUUAAUCAUGAAGAGGAUCGUCUGAAAACCUUUGACACUUGGCCCAUUAAUUUUCCAGUAGAUAAGUUUUGCCUAGCAAAAGCUGGAUUUUAUUAUUUGAGUCAUGAGAAUGAAGUUGUUUGUUUUAGCUGUGGGCUACAUUUGAAAGACUGGGAUUAUGGAGACUCACCAGCAUUGAAACAUCGUCAGUGUUCCCCAAAUUGCAGUUUUAUAUUAGGUACGUCAGCUAAUGUUCCUCUGAUCAGUGGUCAGAGAAGGAAUAGCUCACUCUUAGAGCAUCAAGAAGUACCAAAUGAAACAAGGAAUAUGGAAAAUACUGAGCUAAAGCAUGAACACCGUUAUAGUCCACAUCAGAAAAGAUUAAAUCUUGUACCACAACAGAAUGGUGUAAACAGUAUUUCACAUCAGAAUAACUUCCAUUAUGGUCCUCAGCAAAAGGGUAACUCCCAAGAGUUACAACAAAAUAAAGAUGUGAUCAAUAAUUACAAGACAAGAUUGAAUGACAUGACAGAUGAAAGCAAGAGAUUAAAAACCUUUCAGUACAGCUGGCCAUUAUCUUUCAUAAAACCCCAAGACUUGGCAAAGGCAGGUUUUUUUUACCUAGGUAGUCGGGAUAGAGUUCAGUGCCCGUAUUGUCUGGGUGUUGUUUCCAGUUGGGAACAAGGAGAUGAUCCUGUUGUUGAGCACUUACGCCACUUUCCGCGCUGCCCAUUUAUCAUGGAGAAAGCACGUGAAGAAAAAUCUGUUUCCAAUCCCAGAAUUUCAUGUCUGUUAUUUAGAGGAAAUGACGAGUGUGGUAGGUACAAAACAAGUGAAGCUGAACAUUCAAAACUUAUGGAUGUGAAUCAGAAGCAUAUUAAAUUAGAAGAUCUGGGUAUAAGUAUUCACAGAGGGCCUAAGCACUCGUCUCAAGCAAGUUUAGCAGCGAGAUUGAGAUCAUUUGCUUCGUGGCCAGAAGAUGCCCCUGUGAGACCCGAGUUAUUGGCAGAAGCAGGGUUCUUCUAUAUAGGUGAGAUCUGUAACAGUAAUUCCUUGUAA